AUUGAGCAGUGGUGAGCCCUGCCUCCAGCAGAGGGCUUGUUAGAGCAUGCGCAGAACCACAUAGGGAACCCUAGCUUCUCCUGUCACAACGUUGAGGGGCAAACCGACUGCCGUGUGGACGAGGACUUGGGACACGUUGGCUGUAGAAUGUGACUGUCAUGGACGCUGGGCGCCUGAGUCCUUGGUAGCGCGGGAAGGGUGCGGACACCCGAGGUUGAAUUCUCUGUAGAUUCCAUCUGGCUUCUAAGGAUGCAGGCAGAAGAGCGGAAGAGAAGGAAACUGAGCAUGAACUCCAGAGGCACUUCAGAUGAAUAUUGUCUGAGAGAGAGGCCGAGAGAAGACGAGGCAAAGAUGAAGAAUAAACUGUCCAGUACCCAUGUCAAUAGUAAGAAGAAGCCGUGGUCAUGGGAUCAGUACCUGGAGGAGCAGAAGGCCAUUGCUGCCCCGGCAAGACUGUUCACAGAGUUUCAGUCCUUUCCUAAUAACAGGAACGGGUUUAAAGUGGGGAUGCUACUGGAAGGCAUUGACCCUCUCCACCCCUCGGUGUUCUGUGUGCUGUCUGUGGCGGAGGUGAUUGGCUAUCGGUUGCGGCUGCACAUUGAGGGAUACUUGGAGUGCUAUGACUUCUGGGUAAAUGCAGAUUCUCCUGACAUAAAGCCUGCUGGGUGGUGUGAGAUGACAGGACACAAGCUACACCCUCCAAAAGGUUAUAAAGAGCAUGAGUUUAACUGGGCGAAGUACCAAGAGGCUUGCAAUGCUCAAGCUGCACCAAAGAAUCUGUUUAAAACCCAAAAUAGUACGGUGACAGCCUCAAAAUUUCAAGGGGGCAUGAAGCUGGAGGCAGUGGACCGGAAGAAUCCCUGCCUGGUGUGUGUGGCAACUGUUGCUGACAUCGUAGACAACCGUUUCCUGGUCCACUUCGAUAACUGGGAUGACACGUAUGACUACUGGUGUGAUGCCACCAGUCCACACAUUCACCCCGUGGGAUGGUGUCAGGACCAUGGGCGGCCACUCACAGCACCUCAGGGACAUCCCAAUCCAGAAAACUUUCUGUGGGAAGAGUACUUGGAAGACACUGGCUCUUCUGUGGUUCCGAGCCAGGCCUUCUGUAUGAGACCACCACAUAGGUUCCAGGUGAACAUGAAGCUGGAGGCAGUGGACAGGCGGAACCCCAUGCUCGUACGGGUGGCCACCAUUGUAGACACAGAGGACUACCGGGUCAAGAUCCACUUUGAUGGCUGGCACGAGAAAUUUGAUUUCUGGGUGGACUCGGACCUACCGGACCUACACCCUUCCGGCUGGUGCAACCGAACAGGUCAUCCCCUGGAACCACCCCCAAGAUCCUCAGACCUCAAGAGCUUAGCAGCCCCGGGAACUUGCCUGACUCCAGGAUGUAGGGGAGUCGGCCACAUCAAAGGCGCCAGAUACACAGGACACCACAGUGCCUUCGGCUGUCCCUACUCGGACAUGAACAUGAAGAAGGAGGUGACGUUCCCGGACCGGCUCGGGGGGGAGAAGCAGAUCACCUUCGUCCCCGUGCACUUCGUGCAGAAGACCAGGCGCCUGAGCGCCGGGGACGAAGGCCAAAAGCCCGAGGACCCUCACGUGGAAACAAGAGCCAUGCUGUCGGGCUACGAAGGCGCAAGCCGUCUGAGGGGACGGUACGCCUCGAACCCGCGACCUCCUGGAUACACGCUGGUGAAGAGGGAGCACAGGGACGAACUUUACGCUCAGGAACAGAAACCGCCCGCUCCGACUGGGAAGAGGGGCCGACCGCCGGGCAGGCUUUCUCAGUCAACAAAGUACCUGAAAAUAAAAGAAGAGGAGGAGGAGAUUGAUCUGCAGAGUGUGCUUAGAGCGGAGCGCUGCGCGGACAGCAUGCAGCAGGCCCUGCACCAGUCCGUCUUCUUGUCGGCCAUGUCGGCCCACCCCAGCCGCGACCUGCCCCUCUGCUGGGAGCAACACUGCAAGCUGCUGCCCGGCGUGGAAGGCGUGCAGGCCAGCCGCGUGGCUCACUGGACCGUCGACGAGGUGGCCAGUUUCAUCCAUUCUCUGCCUGGCUGUGAGGAACAAGCCAAACAGUUCCAAGAUGAGCAAAUAGACGGAAAGGCCUUUUUGCUCCUGACUCAACGUGACAUCGUAAAGAUAAUGAGCGUGAAACUGGGCCCGGCACUGAAGAUCUACAACUCCAUCCUGAUGUUCAAACACGCAGAAGACAACCAAUCCUCAAGCAGUGACACCAACACAUGAAACCAACCAAACCAACUCUCACCUUUUAUAUGUAUAUACAUUAGAUAUAUCUGUGCAUUCCAGGAGUUUUCUUAUAGAGAUACACAGGGAGAAUUUGGCUGGGAAAACCUAGUCUGUCUGGGACUUUGGACUUUGGUUUUAGUCACUCUUCUUACUUGGGCUCAGCCUCAUCCCACCCAAAACCCCCGAACCUCGAACCUGGUGUUCUCUCCAAAGCUUAAAACUUUGGUGCAUUGGUCCGUUCUACUUCACAUUGCAUUUUCAAUAUGCCGAUUUAUAUACAUUUUACUACUGUGUAAUGUUCUACAGAAAACUGCAGUACAGUACAGGACUGACAAUCACAAAUAUGACAGUUCAGCUGUCAUCUGCUUGGUCAUCAAGGUGCUAUUUGUACUUAAAAUACAACCGUUUAAGAAUUAUACUGGGCUUUGUUUCUGAUACGUCUGUUGUCAACUGGCUUUAAACUUGGCCAUAACCAAUGCUGUGUUCUCAUUUCAUUUGAUUCCUUUUAUAUAAAAUGCUUUAUAAUUUCACUGGACCUGCUGAUUCACUCCUAUUUAUUAUGAAAUAGUCACAAAUUUAGAAGCAUUUAUAGGACGUUAAUAAUGUGUAUAUACAAGAUUCUGGAAUACCAAAAGGGUUUAUGUUUCAAAUUGCAUAAUUUAUUUUAAAAUAUAUUAUAUCUCUAAAAAAAGUAUUUAAUUUUUUAAAAUGGGAAGCUGGAAAUUGCCAUUGCUCAUUUUGAAGAAAUUCAUAAUCAAAUCCAAAUUUAAUAUAAGUAGUAGAGACAUAUUAUUUGGUUUUGAAUGUUUUAUAGCUGAUGUCAUUCUUAACUUGGUUGCCAUCAUCCUAUUAUUUUAUUUAAUGUGAACCUGUCUCUCCAGGCAUGGAACAUUAGGACACCAAAUAUGCUGUACGUUUGUUAACUGUGUUAUCCAGUUGUGCAUUUUCUUCAUUGUUUUAAAGCAAGUUAAAAAAAAAACAUGUUUAAGUUUUAUUAACAUCUAUAUUUGCUAGAAAUGGUACAUUUUCAGUCAGUGCAACAUCAGAAGUUUACAAUUCUGUGUGUAUCAAUGAGCAGAAGAAAAAUUAUGGCCAAACUUUGACUCCAGAGAAUCUUCAGGAAUGCAAAUCUGUUCAAUGUCAUUGUGCUUUUUUCUCUGGGGUCUGUUGUAAUCCGAAGUUUUUAGGGCUAAGAUACAUUUUGUUUCUUUUUUCUGUCUUAAAGAGAGAAUGCUCUGUUUAUCCCAGUGCAUGGAAUGUACCAGAACAGGCAAGCCCCAGAUUCUUUCUGAAAAAUUGUCAGUCUUUAACUAUGAAAUGUACUUUACACAUUUGUAAGCCUUGUUUCCAACUUGUGAAUUCACUCUUUAUACAAUACAAUACAUUCAGAUCA